AAACUAGGUUAGUGGUCCGACAGGCAUGACGGUGAAGAGAAACUGGGUCACCGAUUGAAAAUCGUUUAUGUCACAGUUCUUUGACUUUCUAUAACACAUUUACCAGUGGCCUUCAAUGGAUAGUCAAAUCCUAGCGGACCAAAUAGUUACACUGGCAGCACCUCUUACCUUGGGAUCAGAUGAGAUUGGGAGCACAUGACCUACCUACCAGUGACCACAUAACAUUGACGCUGAUCACACUGCUGUUUAUACUGAUUGGCCAGCUAAGAAGGCCUGUUCCUGUUUCUUAUCCAGCUGAGGGUUAAAGAGUGGAUGGACGGAGAUGAUUUUAACACAGAGGCUGUGAUGAACAUCUGUGAUGACCUGAUGGCAGACCAAAGGAUGGACAUUUCCUCUACAAUGACUGACUUCAUGUCCCCAAGCUCCACCGACCUCAUCUCGAGCUCUAUCAGCACUCCUGGAAUGGACUACACUCGGAAAAGAAAGGGAAGCACCACAGAAUACCAAAUCGAUGGCUUCCCAUUUGAUGAUAUGGACUCUGAUAAAGAUAAAUUGGGAAGUGACCAACCAGGUCGGAUAAAGAAUGCCAGAGAGGCUCAUAGCCAGAUCGAGAAGCGUCGAAGGGACAAGAUGAACAGUUUUAUUGAUGAAUUGGCAUCACUGGUGCCAACAUGUAAUGCCAUGUCUCGUAAACUGGAUAAGCUCACAGUUCUUCGCAUGGCUGUUCAGCAUAUGAAGACACUCAGAGGAGCAGCAAAUCCCUAUACAGAGGCCAACUACAAGCCUUCCUUCCUGUCAGAUGAUGAGCUGAAACAUUUGAUCCUAAGGGCUGCUGAUGGUUUCCUGUUCGUGGUUGGAUGUGAUCGUGGAAAGAUUCUUUUUGUUUCUGAAUCGGUUUACAAGAUUCUUAACUACAGCCAGAAUGACCUCAUAGGUCAGAGUCUCUUUGACUACCUUCAUCCUAAGGACAUUGCCAAGGUCAAAGAACAGCUGUCUUCUUCCGAUACAGCCCCCCGUGAGAGGCUAAUUGAUGCUAAAACUGGUCUUCCAGUGAAAACGGACAUCACGCCUGGGCCGUCAAGACUUUGUUCUGGUGCCAGACGGUCGUUUUUUUGUAGGAUGAAGUGCAACAGGCCGUCUGUCAAAGUAGAGGAUAAAGACUUUCCCUCAACCUGCUCAAAGAAAAAAGCUGAUCGCAAAAGCUUCUGCACCAUCCAUAGCACAGGGUACCUAAAAAGUUGGCCGCCAACAAAAAUGGGUCUCGAUGAAGACAAUGAGCCUGACAACGAAGGUUGCAACUUGAGCUGCUUGGUAGCCAUUGGUCGGCUGCACCCGCAUAUUGUCCCCCAGCCAAGUCUGGCAGAUAUCAGAGUGAAGCCCACCGAGUAUGUUUCCCGGCAUGCCAUUGACGGCAAAUUUGUCUUCGUUGAUCAGAGAGCAACCGCAAUCCUCGCCUACCUGCCUCAGGAGCUUCUUGGAACUUCUUUCUAUGAGUACUUCCACCAAGAUGACAUCGGCCAUCUGGCAGAGUGCCAUCGACAAGUGCUGCAGAUGAGAGAGAAGAUUAACACCAACUGUUACAAGUUCAAGAUCAAAGAUGGCUCUUUCAUCACAUUGAGGAGCCGAUGGUUUAGCUUUAUGAACCCGUGGACCAAGGAGGUGGAAUACAUUGUCUCCACUAACACCGUUGUGUCGUGUCCUUUGAUGGAAGGAUCAGAAUAUACUCAAUCUGCUGCCUCCCCACAGAGUAUGGACAGUGUUCUACCUUCAGAGGUAGGUGGAGGAAGACGGGCGUUGCAGACGGUGCCUGGUAUUCCUGGUGGCACAAGAGCAGGAGCUGGAAAAAUUGGAAGAAUGAUUGCAGAGGAAGUGAUGGAAAUCCAAAGGAUCCGGGGCUCCUCUCCUUCCAGCUGUGGUUCCAGCCCUUUGAACAUUACCAGUACCCCUCCGCCGGACACUUGCUCUCCUGGGGGAAAGAAGAUUCACAAUGGAGGAACCCCUGAUCUGGCCACCACCGGGAUCCUUCCUGGACCUGAUUCAGUCGGCUACCCCUACUCCAACCAGUCCAUCAUGAGCGACAACUCCCACCUGAGUAUCGACAUCAUGGACGAGCCCGGCUCCAGCAGCCCCAGCAAUGAUGAAGCAGCCAUGGCUGUCAUCAUGUCCCUUCUGGAGGCGGACGCCGGCCUAGGCGGCCCAGUGGACUUCAGCGACCUGCCUUGGCCUUUGUGAAGAAGCUCAAGGAUGUGAAAGACAAACAAAGACCCCCUUCCAGCACCAGAGUCACCAGUAAAGAGUUCAGUCAAAAGGAAAUGACUUUCCUCUUAUAUUUCCCUUUCUGUUUCCUGCACUUUCUGGCCAGCUCCAUUGCAAAAGUCUCAUUACGAACCAAGAGAUGGAAAGAUGAGUACUUUUUCAGUGAGAGUUGCCUUCGCAGCAACCAAAUGACGGUAGCAGUGACCUUUUGGAACGCUGCUUCUCUGUCAGCUGCCGAGGUCCAAAAAAAACAGCAAAGUCUGAAACAUGGGUAGGUUGAAGCGAAGAACGGAGUGUCAGUGUCCGCUUUAGACUACGUGUGGACCCUCUGGAUCUUUUCUAAGAAGACACUUGACUUCAACAGUUCCACAUGAAGGUGUAUUCCACUUCUUUAUAUAGCGAGGGAGGCAUCAGGCUCAGACUUCCACUUGUUAAACUGUGCAUUGCAUCGCGGUUUGAGUGACUCUUUCUGAAAGUUCCACUUUGCUCAAACUUGCGCAUUUGAGUGGACAAUCUUGAUGAGGAAAGAUCUGUCAUGGCCUUUUUAGCGACUCUUCAAACAAAGACCAUGUUAGAAUUUGACAAGAGCAGCAGACUGAAGGGCUUUUAAGGCAUAAAAAGUGCCCCCAUCGUUUAUUUUGACGCUUGCACACUGUCCAGUCAAAGACUUCCUGGUAAGCUCUAAAUAACAUCAAACUGUGUUCUCAGUCACAAAACCAUUUCAAAACAUUAUCUCGCUGUAACUCAGACCCUGAAAAAGUCCACACUUGGUUGUUCUUUGUUUAAAGGAAAAUUAGACCAUGAACAAAAGAGUUUAGGGGCACGUUGAAAAUAGUUAUUUGUCCUUUUUUGAGGAUCUGAGGCAGAGAAGUCCUAAUAUUAUGAGAUUAAAGUCAGUGUUCGUUAUCGUAAUACUUUGUGGCUUUUUCCCCCCUCGUAUCACUUUUCAGGGAGUUCUUGGGUUAUGAUGUCCUCGACCUACGAUGUUUCGACUUUACGACACCCGUGCCUAGUCUGACAUUUAGUCCCCAGCGUUGUAGUUUCUGCAUAGUUAUUUUAGGCCAGCUAGGUAUCUUUUAGCCAGCUGGAUAGACCCUUUUUCACCCUCCUUUUUUCAUAUUAUGGCUCGAAAGAAGAAAGCUCGGUUUACGAGGUCCAGCCAAAAAAAUGCAAUCACCAUGGAAAUGACGGCGAAAGGAAAGACACAUUGGUAAAGAUUUGCGCUGCAUUCAGACCAAUGUUUUGCGCAAAAUCGCUUUUUUCGCCAAAAGCCAAUUGUGUGUUGACACAGGGCUUACGUCGCCCGCAGUCGAAGUCCGCGAAACGUAAAGACAGUAAUGUAAGGAAUCUGAUAGCAUGUAUGCUUCAGGUUGCAACGUCAAUGUGUUGAGUGCUGCGUUUUCUGGGCUGUCCCUAAACGCACCGCCUAGAGUGAGUGAGAGAGGGAAGGAUGGACAUACCAAGAUUGUUCACAGUAGUCGUAUUCUGUGUGUUCGGUUGCAAACCAUUGAAAACUAACUCACCAUUCACCUCAGCAGUAGUGGUAAGUACAGCAUCUUAUUCAUUUUUUUUAACGUAAAUAAUGACUUUAACGGUGAAAUCAGACUUAGGCAGAAAUUUGGGUUACGUCGCCAGCGUAGGAACGGAACUCUUUCGUAACACAAGGACUCCCUGUCUUCUAAAAAAAAUUAUAUGCUAAUCAUUUUUUCAGAAAAAAAAUCUUGAGUGUGUACAUGCUCUUAUGUGGGUGAAGUUCAAAGUGAACAUUGUAAUGUAAUCGUAAAUUGUAUCUGAUUGUGACUAUUUCUAAGAAUACUAUGGAUUUCCGCAUGAUCCUAAACAAAAUAUUAUCCUAAAAUUCUGACUUUCAUUUCCUAAUAUGACGUACUGCUUGCAACAUUACAAGUUCUCAGCAUAAUAAUGUGUUCUUGUAUUAAUAUUUUCCUGUCAAACUACCAACUUAAUGCUUUAAACAUUUCAAUUUUUUUUUAAUGAGAGUCAGCGUGGCCCUAAACUCUUUUGUGUGAAUUUGUCUAAAAAUGUUACUAGGGAAUUUGGUCCAUUUAGUACGUAGAGCACUCGCAUACUACAUGAAACUCACUGCAGACAUACUGUAACACUUGAAGACAAUGGCUAGAAAAAAACCUGACAAAAAACGCCACCUAAAAUCCAGCCGAGUAUGAAGAAUGGCUAUACUGUAUUUCAUGGUGGCGUUAUAUACUGAAAGCGGUUAUAUUUGAGACAGGAUGUCAGGAGGCCCCCUGCCCAUAUGGAGAUAGCAUGGCACAAUGCUAAAUACAACCCAAAAGUCAUGGAGGUGGAAAAGAGUGUUAUAAAGAAAAGAGUAGUACAACUAUUUGAUGGCACAUUCUUCAUUAGAGCCAGUUAGUUUUCAAAACCUAUUUCAGUUGACAUUAAAUCGAAUGGAAAAAAAUCUGUCCAAAUCUGUCCAUUGGCUCAUGAACUAUUUCAAUUUAAGGGAAAGACAACACCUAGUAUAAACAAUCUAUUUAAGUAUGUCAUUAGUGAUUUUCUUAGACCUCUAAUAAUAGAAAAAAAUAAUGUUUAAAGGUGCUUUGAAAUACUGCACAGUGAUCCCUCGCUACUUCGCGCUACUAACUUUGUUCCCUCAGUCCAUCGCGUUUUUUCCCCCCAAUUAAAAACUAAAUUAAUGCAGUAUUUUAUAGAGCUGUCCCGAUCCGAUCACGUACAGGGGGGCAAAUAAGUAUAUAGUCAACCACUAAUUGUGCAAGUUCUCCCACUUGAAAAUAUUAGAGAGGCCUGUAAUUGUCAACAUGGUUAAACGUCAACCAUGAGAGACAGAAUGUGGGAAAGAAAAAAAAAACAGAAAAUCACAGUUUGAUUUUUAAAGAAUUUAUUUGCAUUUGGAAAAUAAGUAUUUGGUUAAUACCAAAAGUUCAUCUCAAUACUUUGUUAUGUACCCUUUGUUGGCAAUAACGGAGGCCAAACGUUUUCUGUAACUCUUCACAAGCUUUAUACACACUUUUGCUGGUAUUUUGGCCCAUUCCUCCAUGCAGAUCUCCUCUAGAGCAGUGAUGUUUUGGGGCUGUCGUUGGGCAACACGGACUUUCAACUCCCUUCGCAGAUUUUCAAUGGGGUUGAGACCUGGAGACUGGCUAGGCCACUCCAGGACCUUGAAAUGCACUUACGAAGCCACUCCUGUGUUGCCCUGGCUGUGUGUUUAGGAUUAUUGUCAUGCUGAAAGACCCAGCCACGUCUCAUCUUCAAUGCCCUUGCUGAUGGAAGGGGAUUUUCACUCAAAAUCUCUCGAUACAUGGCCCCAUUCAUCCUUUCCUUUACACAGAUCAGUCGUCCUGGUCCCUUUGCAGAAAAUCAGCCCCAAAGCAUGAUGUUUUCACCCCCAUGCUUCACAGUGGGUAUGGUGCAAUUCAGUAUUCUUUUUCCUCCUAACAAGAGAACCUGUGUUUCUACCACAAAGUUCUAUUUUGGUUUCAUCUGACCAUAACACAUUCUCCCAGUCCUCUUCUGGAUCAUCCAAAUGCUCUCUAGCGAACCGCCGUGUAGUUUCUUCAGCAGGGGGACACGUCUGGCAGUGCAGGAUUUGAGUCCCUGGCGGCGCAUUGUGUUACUGAUAGUAGCCUUUGUUACUGUGGUCCCAGCUCUCUGUAGGUCAUUCACUAGGUCCCCCCGUGUGAGUCUGGGAUUUUUGCUCCCCUUUCUUGUUAUCAUUUUGACGCCACGGGGUGAGGAGGGAGUUGAAAGUCCGUGUUGCCCAACGACAGCCCCAAAACAUCACUGCUCUAGAAGAGAUCUGCAUGGAGGAAUGGGCCAAAAAUACCAACAACAGUGUGUGAGGGUACAUAACAAAGUAUUGAGAUGAACUUUUGGUAUAGACCAAAUACUUAUUUUCCACCAUGAUUUGCAAAUAAAUUCUUUAAAAAUCAAACAAUGUUAUUUUCAGUUUUUUUCCCCACAUUCCUUCUCUCAUGGUUGAGGUUUACCCAUGUUGACAAUUACAGGCCUCCCUAAUAUUUUCAAGUGGGAGAACUUGCACAAUUAGUGUUUGACUAAAUACUUAUUUGCCCCACUGUAGCCUCUGACUCUCGUUCCUACCACUUUUCUUGGUCAGGCAGUGCAUUGGAGUUGCUUAUUAAAGUUAACGAUGUUUGACAGACGUUAAAGGUUUGAUCUUGCCAGAGACGCUUGGAAGUCAAAGCAUCAAAGCGCCACAUGCGUCAAUCAUCGUUUAACUUGUUAAACAGUUGCUGUGGCAACUCAUUAUGUGGACGUGAGCAGCUUGAGCGGAUUUGAGUGGACUCACUCAAUGAAGCAAUUAAUAAAGACAAGUAUUUCCUACUUUAUUGUUUAAGAAUAAUUCGGUGAGAGAGUAGCAUGUUUAAAAUUUAUCAUUAUCUCAUUUGAAGGAACUGAAUAUAUAUUGCGGGAAACACUCCGGUGACUUGAAGUUCCGCUUUGAGAUGUGUGAUACAUCAUUGGAAAGCUUAAUAUCUCAAUUUUCUGGGGGAAGAACCAUUUUUAACAGGAGGGCAUUUUUUAUUUUUAAAAAUUUUAAACAGCAAAACCCUAACUGUAAGUGAGAGCAUGAGAGGGCAUAAUUAAAGACGCCAUGAUUUUAACGAGAUAUUACCGCUUACUUACCUCUUUUCGAUCAAAAACUCAUGUAGCUUGUAUCACCGAGUGUCAAGACACUGUGCCAAUUCACAGCUGGAUUUUGGGUAUUUUAUGGGUGAAACAUGGUAAUAAAACAAGGGUCGUGAUGCAGAAAUCGCAGACAUCAAGGAGUGGUCGAGAUUUUCUUUUUCAUAUAUUUACCCUUUUAAACAUUUUUUUUUCUAUUUUUCUUUGUUUGGAUUGAUUAUUUAUCUUCUAAAAUAUUGUAGGAAAAUGCGACAGUAACAAAAAAAAUACAAUUAAGCAAUAGUUAUGAGGUAGAUAUCCGUGACCUAUUUAAAGACACUAUUUUUUUCACUGUGAUGUAAUUUGUUUAAAAGUUUAAAAUAUGUGCGUGAAUAUUUUUUUUUUAAGUCAUUUAUUUUUGUUUUUUUAACUAAAUAUUAGACAUCAAUUAAUGACGCCAAAAAUUAUAGACAUUUCGAAUAAUAAAUAUAAUGACUUCUUUUUAUGACCGGGUUGAAACAAAAGCGGUUGCGCGGUGUCUGUAAACGGGUCUCCAGGGUAAAACAGACAAAUAAAAAUACUUUGGGGGCUUAAUGCGCCAUGAAACUGCUAUGGCAGCAUAUAGACGUAUUGUUCUAUCAAACACAACAGUUCUUUUGGCUGAAAAUACAGCAGUUUACUUUAAAGAGGGGUGCAAGAGCAGAAACUGCUUUUUCAGCCUUUUCUGUGUUUUCCGCCAUAUACAUAAGAUAAUUUUUUCAAUUAUAGUUUGAGGAAAAAAGUGAAAAAAACAUUUCUUAUAUGUAUUUCUUGUCAAUGCUAAAUCUGAAUAAAUACAUGGAACACACACACGCAAAAAAAAAGGGUGGAGGGGGCGCUACUUCGCGGUUUUUCACUAAUAGCUGCGGGUUCUAGUCCCCAUUAACUGCAAAAAACGAGGGAUCACUGUAGUAACUUACUUUAAAAUGAUAACGUGCCAUAUUUUGGACACAAUCCUACCCCAAAAAGUUAUCCUAGAUCCUAAUUAGUCUUCCUUUCUCAGCUGCCUUAACCCUGCUUACGAAACCAUCUAGAACAGAAUAUGAUUUCACACCCAGAUUGAGCUCAGAUGUUUGCAGUAUGCUAGCAUGCUAUCCAUAGGCUUCCUAUUCUCUUGUUGCUGUUCUGUCUUUCUGUCAACACGUACUAGUUAGAACAGCGCUAGAAAGCAAGACAUGAUCAAGUAAACGUUCCCCGAUGCAUUGUUUUUUGGUGGAAUAACUAUGAAAUGGUUUAAAAAAAAAAAAAAUUAAAAAAAAUAAUUUUUGAGAUGUACAUUACAUUAUUACAGUCAUUUUUGUUUUCACAGCACCUUUAAACGCCCCCAAAAAUUAUGCUGCGUAUGUGCAGAGCCAUGUGAAGGCUGUGAAUCAGAUAAAGGAAUGCUCAUAAACGCCAAUAUUCUCAAACACACGUAUGAUAUAGUAAUAAAAUGAAUUGGCACACAACUAUUUUACUAACUGUACCUGUUCAAUCUGUCGCAGUCUUCCUCUUUUCUCCAUCUGAGAGAGAGUAAAGCUCAUUUCACCUCUUGGGUCUCCCUAUAUCAUGCAGCUUCAUCCCUCAAUAUCCUGAACACUGGCAUUCUGACACGUUUUUUGUGAAGAGAGAAAAUCUGCGUAUAAAACGACUAUUAGAGUGAUGGCUGACGCAAUUUUAUUCUGUAUAGCUGCAUGAUACAAAGUGUAUGAGUGAUCACAAAAAAGGGCAGACGAUGUGGGAAACUUGCAUUUGAUUAGCUAAAAUUUCAAAAUUUCUGCCACUAUUCAUGAUGACCACCGUAUUUUUCGGACUAUAAGUCGCAACUGAGUAUAAGUCGCACCAGCCCAAAAGUGCAACAUAUAACAUAUAAGUCGCACCGGACUAUGUCGCAUUUUUGGGGCAAAUUUACUUGAUAAAAUCCAACACAUAGAACAGAUAUGUCAUCUUGAAAGGAAAUUUAAAAUAAAAAUAAAAUAGAGAACAACAUGCUGAAUAAGUGUACAGUAUGAUGUUGUUACAUGAUACAUGAACAACGAAAUGCAAACGUGGCCGGUAUGUUAACGUAACAGAGCUAUUAAGAGUUAUUCAGAUAACUAUAGCAUAAAAAAGAUAUUUACAAGUUUACCAAACCAUCAGUGUCACUCCAAAACACCAAAAUAACAUGUGAAAUUAUAUAAUAAUGUGUUGAUAAUUUCACACAUAAGUCGCUCCAGAGUAUAAGUCGCACCGCCAUCCAAACUAUGAAAAAAAAACAAAACUGCGACUUAUAGUCCGAAAAAAAAACGGUACUUCCGGGAAAAUAAGGGCUUUUAUUGGCGUUUUUCUCCACAAUUACGCAUCAGGCAAAAACUUUUUUUUUUAAAAUAUUAAAGUAAUUUUCUGAAAUGCACAUAACAUAGGUGCUGUAUUUGUUAA